ACUGUUGUUGUUCUCUCGCGGUGGGACCGCCUCAGUCUGGUCGCCGAGAGAGACCAGGAGCUGGUCUAGUUGGGAGCGGGGCGGCCGCGUCCCCCCUCUCUCCUGCUUCCCCAAAGCUGCGGCAGGAGCUGGCACAAACAUCCUGCGGUUGGUCUCCGAUGCCCUUCAGUGAGGAGGGGGCGUCGGGAUCCUGGUGAGCGCACGUCAAGCCCCUCCAGCUACGUGUCUUUGCCGGCCCCCCAGGCCCGCACACCCAAGUCUGGCUGCCAUGGCUGAAAACGCAGAGGGGGACCUGAACUCCAACCUACUCCACGCCCCCUAUCACACCGGGGACCCUCAGCUAGACACGGCCAUCGGGCAGUGGCUCCGUUGGGAUAAGAAUCCCAAGACAAAAGAGCAAAUUGAAAAUCUGUUAAGGAAUGGGAUGAACAAGGAGCUGCGAGAUAGACUUUGUUGCCGAAUGACUUUCGGGACUGCAGGGCUUCGUUCUGCUAUGGGGGCAGGAUUUUGCUAUAUUAAUGAUCUUACAGUAAUACAAUCAACACAGGGGAUGUACAAAUACCUUGAGAGAUGUUUCUCAAACUUCAAGCAAAGAGGUUUUGUCGUGGGGUACGACACCCGGGGUCAAGUAACCAGCAGCUGCAGCAGCCAGAGGCUUGCUAAACUCACUGCUGCAGUCUUACUGGCCAAAGAUGUUCCUGUGUACCUUUUUUCAAGAUAUGUUCCUACGCCUUUUGUACCAUAUGCAGUCCAGGAGCUCAAAGCAGUUGCAGGUGUGAUGAUUACUGCAUCUCACAACCGCAAAGAAGACAAUGGAUACAAGGUUUAUUGGGAAAACGGUGCUCAGAUCACAUCUCCUCAUGAUAAAGAAAUUCUGAAAUGUAUAGAAGAAUGUGUGGAACCCUGGAAUGGUUCCUGGAAUGAUAAUUUAGUGGAUACCAGCCCACUGAAGAGAGAUCCUCUGCAGGACAUUUGUAGAAGAUACAUGGAAGAUCUGAAAAAGAUCUGUUUUUACAGGGAAUUAAACUCAAAAACCACCUUGAAAUUUGUACAUACAUCUUUUCAUGGAGUUGGACAUGACUAUGUGCAGUUGGCUUUUCAAGUAUUUGGUUUUAAGCCUCCAAUUCCAGUACCAGAACAAAAAGAUCCUGAUCCAGACUUUUCUACUGUUAAAUGCCCAAAUCCUGAAGAAGGGGAAUCUGUGCUGGAACUUUCUUUGAGACUGGCAGAGAAAGAAAAUGCCCGGAUAGUGCUAGCCACAGAUCCUGAUGCAGACCGACUGGCAGUGGCAGAACUUCAGGAGAAUGGUGAUUGGAAAGUUUUCACAGGGAAUGAGUUGGCAGCUUUGUUCGGGUGGUGGAUGUUUGAUUGCUGGAAGAAAAAUAAAUCAAGAAAUGCUGAUGUGAAGAACAUUUAUAUGUUAGCCACCACAGUCUCUUCCAAAAUUUUGAAGGCAAUUGCACUAAAAGAAGGAUUUCACUUUGAAGAAACGUUACCAGGUUUUAAAUGGAUUGGAAGUAGGAUAAAAGACCUCCUGGAAAAUGGGAAAGAAGUCCUUUUUGCGUUUGAAGAGUCUAUUGGUUUUCUGUGUGGAACUUCAGUUUUGGAUAAGGAUGGGGUGAGUGCAGCCGUUGUUGUUGCUGAGAUGGCAUCUUACCUGGAAACCAUGAAUAUAACAUUGAAACAACAACUGAUUAAGGUUUAUGAAAAAUAUGGUUAUCAUAUUUCAAAAACUUCGUAUUUCUUGUGUUAUGAUCCAACUACCAUCAAAAGUAUAUUUGAAAGGCUUCGCAAUUUUGAUUCUCCAAAAGAAUACCCAAAGUUUUGUGGGACAUUUGCUAUAUUGCAUAUACGAGAUGUUACCACUGGAUAUGAUAGCAGCCAGCCUAAUAAGAAAUCAGUGCUGCCUGUGAGUAAAAACAGCCAAAUGAUUACGUUUUCUUUUCAAAAUGGCUGUGUUGCUACUCUUCGGACAAGUGGGACAGAACCAAAGAUAAAGUAUUAUGCAGAGAUGUGUGCGUCACCUGACCAGAGCAUAAUCCUCAAGCAGAGGAGCAUGAAUGUGUAGGGGAAGGGGCCUGAGAGCAAAAUCAGAAGCAGCCUGCCACUCAUGAAAUUUCGUGUUCUCUCUUAAAAAUGUAAGUGAAUUUUGCAUUCUCUGUAAUAAAACUGUUUUAGUAUAAAAAUGAUUCCUUCAGUCUUCAUGGAAACUGGUGCUGCCAGAAAGAGGCACCGUGUUUAUCACAAGGGCUCUCAGUUUUCUCCCCCGCCCCCAGCCCUCAGUUGCUGCAUAUCCCUGGGGGUACCGCACUGACUCUAGUGUGAGAAAUAUAAACAUAACACAUACCAAGGAUAUUCCCUUUAGAAGCUGACUUUUGAAAGUAUUCAUGCCAAAUUGAAGUGACCUGAAACAGUUAUGUUACCACUGAACCUUGUAAUAUAGUCAGAGGUGUUGGCCAGUUUGUUCUGUUUAAUUCGUUGGCAUUCCUGGACUAAGAAGGGGCACCUGACUAUCAGCUCCCUGAGAGCAAGCAUCAUGGUUUAUUAUUUUUUCAUCUCCACACCACCUAGUAUAGUACCUGUUAUAGAGUACUUAAUGGGUGACAAUAGGAAUUAUGGGAUUUUAUUUUAAAGAAACAAAUAGUUUAGGAAACAAUCGAAAAUGUUCAUUUUCUGAAUCAGCUUUUAAAACAAUUCUCAGUAUUGAAGUUUGUUAAGCACGCACACCUUUAAAUACCGUUUCUUCGGAGAGAGAAGAGCAUAUUCCUAUUUCGAAAUUGUAUGUAAGGCCUAGUGUUUUACAGUCAAAGCAAGAUGUUGGCCAAGAAGGCUAAGAAAGUGUCUGUGUAGACUUAAUAUCAUUAAUAUUAGUGCCAUUAUGAGCCUGCUAGGGCUGCUUUCCAAGUGAGUCACAACUAAUUUGAUACUGUUUGGUAUAUUUUUGUUCAGUGUUAUGAUUCAUCAUAUAUCUUACAAGAACCACUCAAACAAGAGUUGCAUCUGGAUAUGAUGAGGCCUUGUGUUAUAGGCUAAAACAAACUGUUUGUAUACAUCAUUGAAUAUGCCAGAUAAAAUAUAUGCAGUUAAGAAUUAUUUUUUUUGUGUGUGUAGCAGUAGUUCAAAAUUGUGCCCUUGUUUUAAUAGUUUCUGUCAACAUCUUCUCGUUUUUCCUUGCAAAAACACCAGGGUGUAUCAUAAGUACUGCCUAUGAGAAUUUGCAUUUAAGUAUUUGUGUGUGUGGUUUUCGUGUGGUUUUAGCCAAAUGAAGUGUUAUCAGUAAUAAACAGGUCUCUUCAUAGG